AGCGCUUAGGUAUUGUAGAUGUUCAUCGAUACGUCUUCCUAUAUGAGAAAUUAGAUCACCCGAUUGCGUACGCUCUGCCUGCAUAUUAAUAUUAACAUGCCGGCAUCCGUGACUGUGGCCGACAUAGCCGCUGUUCCUGGAUCAGAAUCCGAGUCGGACGACCAAAUAGUGAACUCACCUAAGUCCGAUACGAACGAGUCGGUAUCUGACGCCGAAUCCGACUCACUUGACAGUGCGGCUUCUCGAAAGAGACGCAGGAUUUCUGGUGAUAAUGACUUAACUCCCGUCAUUGCAGACCUGCCUACGUCAUCCAUAAAUGUACCAUCUAGGAUCAAGCGGAAGACCGCCGCUGUCGUGCAAGCCAAGCCGCUGGAGGACUCAUCACCUACGGCCGUUUCGGUGAUCAACUCAGUCGCCGCACCCGUAGAUCGUCAUACGACGUUCGAGUCUUUGAAACUCAGACCAUGGCUUGUCCAGUCUCUCGCCAACAUGGCAAUCAAGCGGCCCACGGGAAUCCAGAAAGCUUGUAUCCCGGAAAUCCUCAAGGGUCGAGAUUGCAUCGGAACGAGCAGAACCGGUUCGGGAAAAACGGUUGCUUUUGCUGCCCCUAUCUUGCAGAAAUGGGCUGAAGACCCGAGUUCUAUCUAUGCUGUCGUACUGACUGCGACUCGGGAGCUAGCCCUACAAAUCUACGAGCAGUUUAAGGCUAUAUCUUCGCCCCAGUCCCUCAAAGUGAUCUUGGUCACUGGAGGAUCUGAUAUGCGUCCCCAAGCUAUCGCCAUAGCACAGAGGCCCCAUGUCGUGAUCGCGACUCCUGGUCGUCUGGCCGAUCAUAUCCGUUCUUCAGGCGAGGAUACUAUCUGCGGCCUACGACGAGCAAAGUUCGUCGUUCUUGAUGAGGCCGAUCGAUUACUAUCUGCCGGUGGUCCUGGUAGCAUGCUGCCAGAUAUAGAAGAAUGUCUCGGUGUUCUUCCGCCAUCAUCCGAGAGACAAACGCUUCUGUUCACUGCUACUAUUACCCCCGAAGUCCGCGCGCUCAAAGACAUGCCGCCAAAACCCGGGAAGGAGCCGGCUUUCGUAUGCGAGGUUGAUACGCAGAAGCUGGCCGUUCCAACGACUCUACACCAGAUGUAUAUUCAAGUUAAUGUCACCCACAAGGAGUACUAUCUACAUACCUUCCUCCUAACAGAAGCCAAUGUUGAGAAAUCACUUAUCAUCUUCUGUAACCGUACCUCUACAGCCGAGUAUCUCCACCACUUACUACGUCUACUGGAGCAUCGUGUGACGUCACUACACUCCAGGUUACCACAGAGACAAAGAGUCGACAAUCUAGGUAGAUUCCGGGCGUCGGCUGCACGAAUCCUCGUCGCUACAGACGUAGCCUCCCGAGGUCUGGAUAUUCCCGAGGUCAGCCUCGUGAUAAACUACGAUGUACCACAGGACCCGGACGAUUACAUCCACCGUGUGGGACGUACCGCUCGAGCAGGGCGAAAGGGUGAUGCCGUCACUUUCGUCGGGCAGCGAGACGUAGAGCGUAUCCACGCUAUAGAAACGCGCGUGGGUAGGGACUUAGAGGAGUGGGAAGAGGAAGGUGUUAACUUGGAAACUAGAUUCAUCCGCGACCACAUGAAGGAGGUCGGCGAGAAGAAGAGGGAAGCUUUGUUGAAUAUAGAGGAACAUCGGGAAGUUGGAGGAAAGAGAAAGCGGAAGAAGCUUCGGCUCGAGUGAUCUGCAUUACGAAUAGGCGUUUAUUAAUCUAUAGAUGGAUAGAAAAAAGG